AUGGCGACCCGCAGCGACAGCGGUGACACCGACGCCCCGGAGUUCGCGCCUCCGUGCACUGCGCCGGCGUCUCCGUGGGGCGCCUCCGAGACUGCUCCCGUCCUGUCUCAUACGGAGACAGCUUCGUCCGCAACCCGGCACAACUGGAACCUCUACUCGUCGCCGCCAGUUCUAUCUCCUUCCGCGUUCGCCGCGACUAACCAGCUUCACGCGCCCCCCGGCCUCCGCUCCCCUCGGCGCCCGCGCGGGCGCAGCAAUCGAAUGGCGAAAACCCCGGCGCAUGCCUGCGCCGCGGACGCAUCGAGUAGUCCGCGACGCGCAGAGGAAAGCGAGUCCUGGAGGGCAGAGGAGCAAGCGUCCUCGCCGGCGCGUGCGCUGGCAGCUGCCGUCUCGUCACCGCCUCCGCGCGCGAGCUCUGCGGAGAAUUCGAGUGAAGGGUCACUGGCGCACGCGCCUUGGAGUCUCGAAGGUGGAGAGGGAAGGAACGUGUUGACGUGGCGGAAGAAAAAAAGCGCAGACGAGGCCGGGGGCGGCGGGCGAGGAAACCGGAGCGAGGGGGAGACGGAUGACGAGAGAGCGCAAGCGAAGUCAGCAAGGAAAGAACGAAAUUUCUUCUUCCGCAUCCUCGAUCGCCCAGGCGAAGAGCCUCUUCAUGUCAACGUCUACCUCAUGCUGUAUUUCCGCAUUGUGAAUGCGGUGGCGUACGCAGCGCGAUCGGCUGCAAUUUUCGAUGCCUACCUUCAUCUGCGAUUCGGCGGCAACCGAGCUAUUGGAACGCUCGCGUCGUUCAGCGGCCUCGUGACGAUUGUUGUCGCGCCCUUCGCGGGCAUCGUGGCUGACCGCUUCAAGGCGCGACGAAGCUCCUUUCUCCGAUGCGCCGCGCUCUUCGGCUUCGCGUGUAUCUACGUCAACUGGUGGGCAGUGAGCGACGACAACUUUUCGCUCUUCGUCCUCUCCACGUUCAUGUGGAAGGGCUGGUACGAGUUCGUCACAGUCUGCACGGAGUCGCUUUUCAACGACUGCAUCCCCGCCGGAAGACGGAGCGAGUUGUACGUAGUCCGGCGCAUCGUCACCACCCUGGCCAACGGCGUUGGACCUCUCUUUUCCUUCGCCGUCUUCGUACUCGAAGGCAACUCGUGGAGUCUCCCGGUUCUCCAUACAGUAUUGCACGUCGGUAUUAUUCUCUCGCUUCCCCAGACAUUCCUGCUGUGGGUUUGGAGAGACGUGCCCGUGCCGCUCGCAGGCCGCGCGCGGAGCGUCGCGGUGUCGGCGGAAAAGCCCCGCGAGGAACCUGAGAAGACGCGCGCGCAGACUGGAGACGAUGAAGCACGGAUCGGCUUAAUUGAGUCCGCAGACGCCCAACUCGAGGCGCGACCAGACGACAGCCUGCUGAGCAAACCGGCAGCGCGCGCGGAGGAUGCUGUCCGCCGGGCAGCAGUCCCGUGGCUCGUCUUCGUUUCGCACUGUGUGACCUUCUGCGGGGCUGGCAUGACGGUGAAGUAUUUCCCUCUGUUCUUCAAGUCUGAGUACUACUUCCAACCCACGCAGACAUGCAUGCUCUCCUCUGUCUACACCCUCUUCAUCGCCUUCUUCACUUACGUCAUUCAGCAUUUCGCCGCGCUUCUUGGUCGGCCCCAGGCGUCUCUUCUUUUCACCGGCAUGGGCAUAUGCUGCCUCUUUCUCCUGUCCCAGCUUCAGUACCUGCCUCUCGUCAUUAUUGUCUACCUUCUCAGGGGCGCCUUGCAGAACGCGUCCACGCCUAUCGACCGGUCGCUGCUGAUGGACUUCAUUGACUCAAAGCACGUGGGCAAGUGGAGCGCAAUGCAGUCGAUAGCGACGAUGACUUGGUCGCUGUCGGCGUUCAUUGGCGGGCUCAUUGCGGACAAAGUUUCGUACCGGCAGACUUUCGUCAUCACAGGAUGCGUCUACGUCCUCGCAGAGCUAAUAUACCUCCCUCUGCUUUGGCUGGUUCCCGCGCACCUGGACUUGGCGGGGGGCCCGCAGCUUACUCGAGAUAAGGCAAACCAUCACGAAAAAUCCCAGAAAACGCUGCAGGCGGCGACGCAUCAAAGUGAUGCGUCUGAUGGCGAACCGAAUUGUCCGGCGUAG